ACCUGGAUGUUGUAUCUUCAGUGCAUCUUACGAGAUUUACAAAAAAGCAAUAGUUGGGUUCAAAUACACUGGAGCAAUGUAAAAAAACGUGAGGGUAUCAAACUGUACAACUAUGAAAAGUGUUAUUGUUAAUACAUUGUGUAUAAUGCAUUCGUAUAAUUUUUAGUUUAAAAGUUUACAAUUCGUUAAAAAGGUUUUGGAUAUCUGGUAAUUGUUAUGACGAGAACAGUAGUAAUGGAAUAUUACAUUUUCAUGAAUGAUUAUCAUUCGAGAGAGUUAGACAUAUAAGAAAUGUUACACCUAUUUAAAAAAAUAAAAUUGCAACAUGGUUUUACAAGAAUGAGUACUAAUUGGGCUCAACGUAAAGGAUUGGAACCAUGUCAUUAAAAGAUGAAGUGAGUACAUUAAUGUUUUUUCAAUUUAUUUUGCUAAAAAAAUGCAAAGUUGUUAAGCGCUAAAAACAUCUUUGCGUGGAUAUGAUAUAAAUGCACAUGAAUUGCUAAUAAUGAAAAAAAAACGCAUUGACUGCAAACCAUAUAGAUUUAAUGUUUUUUUAAGGUAAAAUACUUGUUCACGAUUCAGUGAAACCUUAAUAAUGAAAUCAUAACCAAUCAGUAACAUAAUAAUAUAUUUGGCGGUUACAUUAAAAAUGUAAAAUUGAUGUAUGGAAUAUUACUAUUAAUCUACAAUGUAGAUAUGUCGAGGGAAAUUUAGUCAAAUUGGAGAAUUAUAAUGUUCAACCAAAGUGAAGCCUAAACAUGCGAGGGAUUUAAUUUAUGUGUUCUGCAAUGGGAGAUAUACGCGGAAUAGUUUCAAUUACAAUAGUGGUGUUUGUGGUAGCGGGAAGUUUGAUUCAAUUGACACUAUCAGAGCCAACAUCGCAAUGUGAGAUACAGGACGGAAAAUGUACUUACAAUAUAAAUUUAGCCCCUACGGGAUCAUGCCAAUCGACACUUUUACCUCCGAUGAAAGAAACUUUCAUCGAAUUCGGCAAGAAACCAGAGUCAAUCAACUACGUGAAUGAUGAAAAAAUGAGCCAAAUGCAACAAGACUUUAAUUCGGUGAAAUCAGACCAUGAAAAUAGAAUAAAAGAACUAGAGAGUUCCAUUCAAAAAGUCCUCAGAAACUCUAUACCUACAGUUCCCAUUGAAUACUCAGCCCAUCAUGUGACAUAUGAAACGCUUCCUUUGGAAAGAACUAGACAUGUGGAAAACAAUGACGUCAAAGAAGCGGACUCAGGUGACAACCUUCUUAUUUUCAGACUACAAAGUCAGUUUAAUAAAAUGCGAACCUCGCUUAGCCAAAAGACUGCAGAUUUACUGGAAGCAAGAAACAAACUAAAUGAGACUACAGAUCUGUUGACUGCUGCACAGCGGCAAGCACUUGAUUCCUCUACCAAUCUAGUCGAGUUUGAAACCAAAGCAACUGUAUUGGAACGCGAGACAAAUAUCCUGAAAAACAAACUAAAAGACAAAACAGAACGACUAGAGUAUGCCACUGAACGAUUAAACACGUCAGAAACAAAGCUAAUAAAUGUAGAGAAUAGAUUAUACGAUGUAGUACGCUCGGAAGGGACGUUAAAAGAAGAGCUAGAAACACUAAAAAUAGUGUUAAAUAAAACUCAGACGGAACUGAACGCCCUCAAAGAAGCCCAUGAGAACUUAAACAUUAAAUACAAGAAGACAAGGAACACGCUGGCCAGAAGGGAGGAGGAACUUAUGGAAUGUCAUUCAGCAAAAACAGCGACGUUCUGUGGGUUUGAGGAUCCUGAGCUGUGCGGUUUCACUCAGGUGAACGGAACUGACGACUUUGACUGGGGGGUGGUCCAGGGUAGCACACCAUCGUCACGCACAGGGCCAGAAAACGAUCACACUUGUAAAUCAAGCCAUGGCCAUUACCUAUACAUCGAGGCGAGUGGCCGUUCUAAGGGGAACAUAGCUCGCCUGAAGUCGCCCAAAUACCGCGGUCUGGAGCCUCAGUGUGUCGAGUUCUUCUAUCAUAUGUACGGGCGACAAACAGGGACUCUCACAGUCUACAGCAAGUUACUGACGAGUGACGAGCUGAUUGCUGUGUGGCGGGUAUUUGGUAACCAAGGCAACCUGUGGAUCAAAGCCAGCAUUUCUGUAUCCGAGGAGACCGCUCGUUCGGGUUACCAGCUAAUACUUGAGGGCAUUACAGAGUUAGGUUAUGAAGGUGAUAUUUCUAUAGACGACUUCCGGAUACGUGACGGAAUUUGCGCGGCGGAUGCCGCCUCCCUGGAACCCACACGGUCGCCCCUCACUGACAACGACAGAUCCACCAUUCUACGUGACCAGAUUGAACGUUACCGGAAGAUACUUAAACGUCGUCAACGCAUGCGACAAAAAUCUCAAGAAGUCUCAUAAGUUUUAAACCAGUAUAGUUUCAGUGUAUAUAACAUCAUGUUGUUAGUGUCGAAUUGUUUUCCAAAGAAUAAGUUCGAGUAUAUGAAGCUAUUUCAAUUACGACAUUAUAUGUAACUGUCAUUUGUGUUAUUUGUAAAGUGUUAAGACUUAUAUUGUUGUAAAUUAAACAAUUUGAUUAAUGUUAAAGCAAUUUUCACACAAUUUUUUUAUUGGUGAAAGAUACGUUUCCCAUGAUAUUCAUGAGUAAAUGCUAAACUCUUUUCAACAGGCAUUUUAAACGCAUGCAAUUGGUCUUUUCUGUUUUACAUAAAUCCAGUUGUCAAAAUCAUCAAGACAACUUACUCGACACUGGUUGGCAUACAACCAUUACGAGACAAGGAGGGAUGGCAUCAAUAAACAAUAGAAAUUUGGUGUUUUAUCUAACACAUCAGACAAGCAAGCUCUGACAUGUGCCAGUCGGAGCGAGAUUUCAUUUUAGGUCAGGAUAACAUGUUAUAUUUAGACUGUUGAAAUGCAUGUUUAAUUGAUUUAAUUAUUAUUGAACUAUUGUGUGUCUAUUAAAUCGUUAUAAUGUU